CUAACCCACUGCGCAGGCGUAAACCACGUACCCAGCUUUCUCGCAGCAUCGCGCUGUUUUGGCCCUAUGCUAGCUGGUGCCUGAUCAGUGGUGUUUGUCAAGUCAUACAUACUGGGCUUAACUGGGGAGGCAUAGCCGUGGAGAAAAAGGGGGACCCUAGACGCGCCACGACGAAAUGGCCGGGCAACAAUUUCAGUACGAUGACAGCGGCAACACAUUUUUCUACUUCCUAACGUCCUUCGUUGGACUCAUCGUCAUCCCAGCCACAUAUUACCUCUGGCCCCGAGAUCAGAAUGCUGAGCAGCUGCGUCUGAAGAGCCUGCGGAGGGUCCACGGACGGUGUCUGUGGUACCGGCUCCGCUUGACGAAGUCACAGCAGAGCAUCAUACCCACACUAAAGAAAGCAGCCCUGUUGUUUGGCUGGGCUGUGUUUCUGCUGCUGGCCUACAAAGUGUCCAAGCUGGACAGAGAGUAUCAGGAGUAUAACCCUUAUGAAGUCCUCAGUCUGGACCAGGGAGCAUCUGUAUCAGAGAUUAAGAAGCAGUACCGUCUGCUGUCGCUGAAGUUCCAUCCUGAUAAAGGAGGAGAUGAAGACUUGUUCAUGAGGAUCGCCAAAGCAUACUCCGCGCUGACCAAUGACGAGUCAAGACAGAACUGGGAGACCUACGGCAACCCAGAUGGUCCAAGAGCCACUAGUUUUGGCAUCGCUCUGCCUGCGUGGAUCGUAGACUCCAAGAACUCCAUGCUGGUAUUGCUGGUCUAUGGUCUAGCCUUCAUGGUCAUCCUGCCCGUUGUUGUGGGUACGUGGUGGUAUCGGUCGAUCCGUUACAGUGGGGACCAGAUACUCAUCAACACAACACAACUCUUCAUGCACUUCAUGUACAAGACGCCCAACAUGAACAUGAAACGUUUAUCCAUGGUGUUGACGGCUGCGUUCGAGUUUGACCCCCGCAGCAACAAAGAGGCUACCAUACGACCCACGGACAACAUCCAAGUACCACAGCUGAUCCGUGAGUUGGGGAACAUCAACGUGAAGAAGAAGGAACCUCCAUUCUGCUACCCAUACAGUCUUAAGGCCCGGGUGCUGGUGUUGGCUCACCUGUCACGCAUGGACGUCUCAGAAGACAUCGAAGAGGACCAGAGGUUUGUGGUGAGGAAGAGUCCAGCUCUGCUCCAGGAGAUGGUCAACGUGGGAUGUCAACUCACCAUGAUGGCCAACAGCAGAGGAGGGUUCCAUGCCCCCAGGCUGGUGUCCAUAGAGAACUGUAUGAAGCUGACUCAGAUGAUAGUCCAGGGUCUCCAGGAGUCCAAGUCUCCUCUGCUGCAGCUGCCACACUUUGAAGAGGAACACCUCCGAUACUGCAUCUCCAAGAAGUAUAAGGUGCGGAGCCUGCAGGACCUGGUCAGCCUGAAGGACUCGGACCGUCGGAGCAUGCUCCGUUUCCUUGGCGAGGAGAAGUACGACGAGGUUAUGGCCGUGCUCGCCAGCUUCCCCCACAUCACCAUGGAAACCAAGCUGCAGGUCCUGGACGAUGAAGACAGCAAUAACAUCACAGCUGGAUCCAUCGUCACGGUUACGGUCACCCUGACCAGGAAGAGGAUGGCGGAGGUGUUUGAGAAGGAGCAGAAUGCGACACCUUGUCUCGGAGUCGGAGAGGAAGCCAGUACAGAGGAUGCUGCCGCGCAGGGAGACGCCAGUAAAACCAAAGCCAAGGUGUGGCAGAGCAAAACCAAAGCAGCCAAGAAAACCAAGCAGUCAAAGAAGAAGAAACUCACCAAGAAGAAGCCCCUCCCACUGCCAGCAGCCAAGGCCAAACAGGCCAAUGGGAGCGCGUCAGGAAGUGAGGUGGUUGCCGUGGCGAAGGAGGAUGAGGAGGACGGGUCAGACAAGGGCAGCGAAUCAGAGGAGGGCGAGGGGAACAAAGAUUCUCCGAGCGAGAGAGAUGAGGAGAGCGACAAACAGAGCGACACGGAGCAGGAUGAGAUCGCCGGGGACGACGAGGAGGAGUGGGAGGCGCUGCAGCAGAGUAUCCAGCGGAGGGAGAGGGCCCUGUUGGAGACCAAGUCCAAGGUCACCCACCCAGUGUACAGCCUGUACUACCCAGAGGAGAAACAUGAGUGGUGGUGGCUUUACAUUGCUGACCGCAAGGACCAGACUCUAGUCUCCAUGCCAUACCACGUCUGCACACUCAAAGACACAGAAGAGGUGGAGCUGAAGUUCCCGGCUCCCUCUAAAACAGGGAACUACCAAUACUCUGUUAUCCUGCGCUCCGACUCUUACCUGGGCCUGGACCAGAUCAGACCACUCAAGCUGGAGGUACACGAGGCCAAGGCGGUGUUGGAUAACCACCCCCAGUGGGACAUCCCAGAGACGGAGGAGGAGGACGAGGAACAGGAGGACAGUGACGGGAUCGAGGAGAGUGAAGAAGAGGAUGAAGACAAUGAUUAGACACCCCAGGACCUUAUGCCCCGCCCCCUCUCUCACACACACACACAUCCUUUUCUACAGAGACCUAGACUUGGUCAUGUCCUGACUCGAAUGAUCACGAUCAGAA